GGAUAACAGCCUGGCUUGGCCCCGGGAUGAUGUGCAGUUCUCUAUUACCAAGGGAACUGCCAUCAUGCAUGGCACCCUCAACCCGAGGGAGUUCCUAAAGGGUGCCACGCCCCCGACUGACAAGUCGGUGCUGUCGAGGGCCAAGGAUGACGCCCUCAGCGCCAAGGUGCUCCAAGCCUCUGUCACCGCUGCCCUCGGUCUUGGAGAGCUGCUCCAGAGGAUGGAGCAGUAUCAGGCGCAGAAGCGCCAGGCUGAUGAGGCCCUGGCGGAGUCCCGGCGGCAACUUCAAGAGGCUCAAGAGACCCUUCGGCUGGAGCAGAUGGCGUUCAAUAGCAUCCUCGAGAAUAACAAAGUGAUCGCCAGAGCCGAGGGGAAGGCUGACGCAGAGAGGGCCGCUGCCGAAGCAGCCAAGAUUGCCGCCGAGGAGGCCGAGGCAGCCAAGAAGGAAGCUGUUGCCGAGGCUGAGAAGAACGCUGUCGCCGCCUUCGUCGCUGAGGGUUGGAGGGCCGAGGACCGGAAAGAAUGGGUGGCCUCGGUCAUAGAGCAGGGCGUCGAGGGCUGGGUGGCAGGCCCCGGAUCUGAAUGGAUGGCCCUGAAGGGCAAAAAUUAUUUCGAUGGGGGUGAAUUCUUCACCCAGCGCCUGAUUUAUAGGAAGCUGGCCGGCCACUUCGGUAUUGAUCCUAGCAAGUUCGACCCCUUGGCCUACGGUCUUCCCCCUCGGCAACCUGAUGUUCGAGUCCCCCUCCCGGAGGGUGAAGAGAGGCGCCAGCUCGCAGAUUCCGAGCUGAUGAGGGA